UUUUUUCCUUUUUUUGUUUUUUGUUUUCUCUUUAUAUAUUUAUAUGCCAUUCGAAGAUCAACAGUUGAGUAUAAGAGUAACUCCUUUUACUGAUUCCGGACGAACAUUAGUAUUUCCAGUGAUUGAAUGUACUCUGGAAGAGGAUCAUAUCAUUAGAGUAGGAAGAUAUGCAAGUAACAAAAGACAGUCUUCUUCCUUUUGGCCCUUUAGGUCAAAGGUAGUUAGUCGACACCAUGCUGAGAUAUGUACAAAACAAGGACGAGUCUAUAUCCGAGAUACCCGAUCUUCUUCAGGAACUUUUUUAAAUAACAAGCGACUUUGCUCAGCAGGAGAAUGUUCAGAACUAUUUGAAUUAAAAAAUAAUGAUAUUGUUCAAUUAGGCAUAGAUUAUCAAGGCGGAACAGAAGAGCAUUUUCGUUGUGUGAGAAUGCGUAUUCAAUUGAUAAAACCCAAGGCUUCUGUGGAUAAUUUUAAUUUAAAGGCACAUGAGUCACUUCAAAAUUUGACGACAAGAAUACAGACAGAGGAUAUUCAUGUUGAUGAAUGUUGUAUAUGCUUAUAUGCUAUAGCACCCUUCCAAGCAUUAUUUGUAGCACCAUGUUCACACAAGUUUCAUUACAAGUGCACACGUCCAUUGUUGAAUAAUCAUCCUGCGUUUACUUGUCCACUUUGUCGUCAUUAUUCUGAAUUGAAUGCUGAUGUGUCUGUGGAUGUAGAAGAAGUCAAAGCCAUGUUGAAAUCACUAAAGGAGUCUUGAGAGAGAUAAAAUAAAUAUUUAUGAUGACGUUUAAUAUGUGUGUAGAUCAUCUUUUAUUCUCUGCUAACCCAUGUGUUUACAAUUAGAGUGAGGCUGUUUCAUAUUAAAUCUUGGGAGAUCAGGGGGAGUCAAGAUAGAAGAAUAGUGGGCAAAGAUAGGCCAAGAGUGAGAGAAUUGUUGUUAUAUAAAGAAUAAAUGCCUCAUCUUUUUUUUUUCU